AGGUGUGAAAUUUUCAAUAGCAGAUUGGGUUGAAUUUAAAUUAUAUUUUAAAAUAACGUCAUUUUGGGAUAUUUUACUGAAAUUAUGUGCAUUGAAAACUACUAAAAAUUUAACAUAUGUCAUUUUUGUCUGGUUUCGCUUAGUACGCAAAACAAAACAAAAAUUAAACAUCUUAUAUACUCGCACGUGAUAAGCAACUACUAAAAUCUGCGAAAAAUCAACCUAACAAACUAUUUCUUGAAAUUUAAUUUUUUCUGGAGAUAACUUAAGCCUGGUUCACAUAUGCGACGCAAACGCAAGCAACAUACGUAUGCCAAAUGUUCGUUUUAAAAAUCUUACCCAAACGCAAACACAAGACGUUCACACUAGACCAUGGAAACGCAAUAAAAAACAAACGUGAUGUUAGAUGACGUAUUGAUUUUAACCGAACAACAAUUUUUUGUUAGGUGUUAAUUGAUAUCAAGACAUGUUUUGAUAAUUUUCGAUAUUGUUUGGCUGAGCAACCAUUAAGCCCCUUUUUAUCAAUUUUAUCAUUUUUUAGCAAAUCGGGUCAAAAGUGAAGAAGGUAUAAAAAAUACGUGUAUACAGAGACAAAUUUACACAUAGUAGUUCUAUGUGUGCUUUCUCCAGUUAUUUUAAUAUGUUAAAUUGAUACUCCCAGGGAUGUGUUGUCCUUUAAGAUUGAACAUCUUCUUUUUUUUAAAUCUUCAAACUUUUUAAAUAAAAAUAUCAACAAGCCCUUAGAAAAAUUAACUAACUCCGGGGACGAGAUUUGUACUAAAGGUCACAACUCAAUUUAUGUGUUUUUUGCUCUGUGUUUGUUCUUUGGUGUACUACUCUUUAUUUUGAAGAUAUAUUAAAACGAUUUUGUUCAAAAGGUUUGUUUGCCCAACAACAGUUACUUCUCUAUAAUUAGAAUCAUCUAUGGUUGCACUCCAUUUAUUAAAUAUGAAGUAAAAACAAGUGUUUUUAAUACGUAAAGUUCGUACAUGGAAUUCAAACUAAUAUUUGGUAGUUUUAAAAUAUAACCAUAUAUGAAAAUUUUUAAUAAGGUAAGCUCGAUUUUUUUCGUCGUUUAUAUUAAAAGGCAGCAAUAGACAAUGAUUGUUCAUUAAUACUUUUUAUUUUUAAACGCCAACAUCCUGCAGACGGUGCGACGUCAGCUGCACCGUCAAUGACGCACAGUGACGCCAAAUUUUAUGAACGUCAAACUAAUUAUAUUUACGUCGCAAAAGUCAGGCGGGGUGUUGGAUUUAAUGUGAUAUUUUAGAAGAAAACAUUACAGGAAGCCUGCACUUCAACGCAGAAUUUUUUAUAUAUAUUAUUUAGUCCUCUCAAACUUUACCAGCGAACCUUGUAGUAUUAUAUUUAUAGACUAGCCGUUAGCCCGUGGAAAAAUCCACGGGUUCGCAACAAAGUGGAUAAAAAUAUAUCGCAUUUGAUAUUCGUGUUUCCGUAGCAUGAUUUUUUAACUCAGCGGGGGAUCCGCGCAGAGACAGACAGACGGAAUACGGCUAUUAUUAAAGAGACUAGUCGUUGCCCGUGGAAAAAUCCACAGGUUCGCCCGUCCAUUAUAUUUACCCGUGGCAACAAAGUGGAUAAAAAUAUAUCGCAUUUGAUAUUUGUGUUUCCGUAACAUCAUUUUCUAACUCAGCGGGGGUCCGCGCAGAGACAGACAGACGGAAUACGGCUAUUAUAAUAGAGAAGAUGCCUGCAAAACCUUCUGGGACAUUUUUUGUUUUACGCUUACUUAGAAGCUGGUUUUAUUUUUAUACGCGAAAAUAUUAAGAAUGAACAAAUUUGCUAAAAUUAAUUCUUGAAAAAGAGACAAAUUUAUUUUGUGCCAUUUCCAUAAAAUUAACUUUUUGAAACAUUUAAAAUGGCCAAAUGUUUUCAGCCUUAACAUUUCAUAUUCCAAAAUUUUCGUCGCCCUUUCAUAAAGUACAUUUUUUAAAAAAAUUUUUAUAUGAUAGCAUUAAACAGCGAUGAAGGCUUCUUUGCACUGAUUCUUGUAACAAUUGCGCAGGUAUAAUCUACCUAAAAGGUAGAGAUCAAAGAAACCAACAUUAUACCUUAUUGGUUGCUGUCGUGUCUACUGUGAAAAUAAAAAUCGGUUUCUUUCGUGUUAUUUUUACUUCGUAACCUUACAUUCCAUACGUGUUUUACAUUUUUUCUAGCUUUUUAUCGGUUAAUGUUCAUAAAAGGUCUUCCGCCUAUGUAUGGAAUAUGCUUUGUCAGCGUAUUGACACAAUCAACCUCAUUUCCAGGACUCUUUUUUGUCGUUUUCUAUAACGGCACAGUGAUGCCUACUUGUUGCGUGAAAGAAACAUUCAGGAUUAGCUUAACGAAAUUGCCAAAUUCAAAACGUCAUCGAAACUGACAUUUUUUAACAGCGUAUUUUACAAAUGAUUGUUAUUUUUUAUUGUCCUCUACCAUUGGCAAUUUGUUUGUUUAUUUUCUUGUAAAAUCUUUGAUCUGUUUAUCUUUAUAAUCACGAUUAAUUUCCGGAGAAUAACUCAAAUUGUUAGAACAAGUUAUCAACUCCCCCACAUUCUGUCAUGUAUUCAUGUUUUGUUUGCAAUAAUAAAUGAAUAAAUAAAUAAAAAAUGCGUAGCUGUUGUGUUCUCGAUUUUAGAAACAUGAUUCUGGACCGUGUCAUUUGAAACUGCGUUUUCCUAUUUAGUUUUAUACAAAAAUGAACUAUCCUUCUCCUCUAGAAGCCUAUCCAUAGUCAACCUUGUUCCCUUUUGUUUUGGUAGUGACCUUGCUGUCUCUAAGUAAGGUGAGAGUAAUUCAUAGUAUAUCCUCAAUUAUUAAAAACGACAUUCUUUUGACUCUGUUUAAUAAAAAGACGAAUGCAAAACAAAGUCUGUAACAUGUAUCUGUUGAUCAACCUCGUUUCCGGGGCUUUUUUACCCCUAUGACUCCAAAGGGCCGGCUUCGUGAUGCGUAGCAGAGCCCUGGGGACGCAGUUGUCUAAUUAUCCCAUGUCAAAGAAACUAAAAAGUCAUGUUUGUGAAGAUAUGAAUUUAAAUAAACAGGUUGUUGGUUUUGUAACAUUCUUUCAAAUCAUAUAUACGCGAUUUCCUGCGUAUAAAACAUAAGAAUGUUUAAAAAAAGUUUUUUUUGAGGACGUUUAAGAAAUCUAAUUUUGUUACGUUUGAGCCUCGUUUCGUGCUGUUUCCGUGUGGUAGCUACACAGCCCUUUUGUUUUUACUUAAAAGUUGUUUAAUAAUGUUGUAUGCUAAAAAAAUGGAACGUGUUUUUUUGUAAGAUCGAUUUACAGCAUCUUUGUUUACUUGCAUAAAAAGGCGAAGCGAAGAAAAACACAAUUAUGUUUAUUUCAAAACAUACCUUCUUUUAAUAUCAAGCGACGUGCACGAGUCACUUUCAAGUGCUCUUCUAUCAUUGGUUAAGACUAUUGACACAGCCGAAAGUGUCUUGUUGAUUGCAUUAAACAUCCACUUAUCACGAUAGACUAAUAAAAUUGAAUAAAAUUAAGGGGGAAAAAUGAAGGAAAAAAAUGGUGCAACUAUUAACAUGGCAGUGGUUGGUGCAAAAGGUUCUGGAAAAUCAGCGCUGACGGUUCGGUUUUUAACUCGAAGGUUUAUUGGCGAGUACGAUUCACAAGCUGAUGUUUGCAUUGACAGAGAGAUUGAAAUUGCAGGAAAAGCGACAGAUGUACACAUAAAAGAUACAGCCGGCUGCGUUUGGCUAAAAGGUCCUUCAGCUUUAAUAGGCUGGUCGUCCGCCAUUGUUAUUGUGUAUUCUGUAACGGACACACGAAGUUUUGACCUGGUGACAUAUAUUUUAAAAAAUCUGAAAGUAGGAAAUAGAUUAGAUCCUAACUGCGUGUUGUUGCUUGGCAACAAGAAAGACUUGGACCAUUUGAGGCGUGUGCCAUACGCGAAAGGUGAAAGAUUGGCCAGAGAUUACGGCAUACAUUUUCAAGAAAUAUCGGCAGCAACAGAUUACGACGGCGUAGACUCGGCAUUUAGGAAAUUGUUAUUUCAUGCACUCUCUCUGCAAGUAUCAAAACUUUCGGAACAAAAUGAUAUUUUAGAAUCCAACAACAACAAACAUAGAAAAUCAUCACUAGUAGUUAGAGAUCACCCAGAACGUCGUUCGUUACGCCGGUUAACUAGACGUACGUCAACAGGAUCACACGACUGUUGUUUUAGAGACUCUUUGUCAUCUACGUCAACGGCGUCGUUUAAUUCUUUAAUGUCGGAAGAAGAAAAAAUGUACGUAUCUUUACAAGCACAAAUAAACGCGUCAAAUUCUCCUAUUGGAGCAUCGCCUAUUGCUUCGCCCGACGGAUCGCCGACGUCAAUAGGAAAACGACGUAAAAUAUCGCUACCAGUUUUAUUCGAAAAACUAGGCCGUCAUUACAAUAAUGGACAAAAAUAUAUGUUCCUCAAAAUAAGAUAAUACUUUCGGAAGGAAACUAGUUAAUUCUUACGAGAAAAGUAGAUUAGUUUUUUAGCUAAAUUAUAUAUUUCUUAAUGUUGUGUUAUAUUUGUAUAGUUUUGUGCACAUGUAAAUAAGAGAAAUGUAUAUUUUUAUCAAUAUUGAAAUGUAUAUAUAUAUUAAAA